UAUUGCUCGCUCGGAGCCGCCCUGCCUUGGCUUCGUAAACAGGCGUCUUCCUCCUCCGUACAACCAACUCAACAAUAUUCCUUGGUUGCCCUUCUUCCGCGGCCGCCUUCUCCUCCGCUUCCUUCGUCCCGCCUUCUCCAGCGUGGCCGAGCAAGGGAGUGAUUGGUUGAUCGAUUGACCUUGCGAGAUGGUUCACUUGCCGCACUUGGGGAAGCUGCGGCGGGAGGUAAAGGAGGAGGGCGCCGACGCGGCCGCGGCCGACGGCCCCGCCGCCGCGUUGCCGUUCCACAAGAGGUCGCGACUCGGGCACCAGCAGCAGCAAUGGAGCACAAGAGGCGCUAGUGUGUCCAAUCAGCAGUCCUCACAGCAUGGUUUCAUUGAUGAGACUAGCCCACUUGGCCUGCGGUUGAAGAAGAGCCCCUCACUGUUGGAUUUGAUUGAGAUGAAGCUUGCACAGGCCAAUAAGGGCACAGAAACUCGGCAAGGCAGUAAUGCUGGUGCUUCUGAGAAACUAAAGGCUUCUAAUUUCCCUGGUUCAGUUCUGCGUAUUGGAUCUUGGGAGUGGGUUUCAAGGUACGAAGGAGAUCUGGUUGCAAAAUGCUAUUUUGCGAAGCACAAACUUGUUUGGGAAGUAUUGGACAGUGGUCUCAAGAGCAAAAUUGAAAUACAAUGGUCUGAUAUCUGUGGACUGAAGAUGUUCUGUCCAGAAAAUGAACCUGGGACCUUGGAGAUUGCGUUGUCUAGACCACCACUUUUCUUCAGAGAAACCAACCCACAACCAAGGAAGCAUACAUUGUGGCAGGCAACAUCAGAUUUUACUGGUGGACAGGCAAGCAUGUACAGGGUGCACUUUAUUCAGUGCCCUCAAGGUAUGAUGAACAAGCAUAUGGAAAAGCUGGUUCACUGUGACCCACGUCUGCAAUCGCUCAGCCAACAAAAUGAUUUUGCUCUGGAUAAUCUUUAUUUUCAAAAGUGUUCCAUAUUUGAAGACACAGAGGAUAUUAAUUGUCGAAAAUUUGAGCAAAAAAAUGAUGACAACCAGUUAGCCCCACUGAGCUCUAAUGCAUUGUUAUCACCUCAGUGUUCAGCCAGUAGGAUGGAUGCUGAAGUAAGACAGCAAUCUGGAACAUCAGAUGUCUUGCCUGGACCCUACCAUAGUUCAGUUGGCUGUGCUCACUUGAUUAAACAAGAUGAUACUUCUGUCGAGUGCGAACCGCAUACAAGCAUCUUUAACUGGAAUGGUUUGAGAGUGCCUGGGAUCAGACGCUCAAUGUCCAAGAGUGAAAUUGUAAACCACAUAGGGUACCACAUGUAUAAACAGAUGUAUUCAGGCAACCUACCUGCAACUGAUGCUGGAAUUGGUUCAUUGGGCAAUGGCAAUUGUUCAAAUAGCAAAGUUUCAUUUGAUGAGCUAACCAGGCAGCUCCUGAAUGACACCCAGAUUUCUGACUCGGCUGAUGAAAGGAUGCUCAUGUCAAGAGUGAACUCCCUCUGCUGCCUGAUCCAGAGGGACUCAGGUUCAGGUCAGGCAGCUCCGGGAGUCUGCGGCGCUGACAAGAUUUAUGAAAGGAAGUCCCAAACUAAUGUGCCACUGGUGCGAGGAGAUGGUGGCAAUGGCUUAUCACCUCCGAGGCAACAAUCAUUUGGUGAUCUCCUGACCAAUCUACCGCGCAUCUCAUCAUUUCCUCACUUCUUGUGAGUUUGGUAUCAGGUGGCAAAAAAGUAUGCUGUGGGAGUAAGUGGCAGCUGGGUAUAGUUGCAACCAUAUUAGCUAGCCACCGAAAUUGUGGUGUGCAGAAUUUUUGCCGGAAAACGUGUCAACUCCUUUUGCCCUUUCCUUGUAUCUUUGGUGUACAUAGUAGAGUGGGAGGAGGAUAAUUAGAUGUGAGCUUUGUUUGAUUUCAUAGAGCAAUACAAAUGUUGGUUGUCUAUGCUGUAUAUAUUGAGUUGCACCAACCAAUUCAACGAAAAGCUUAAGCUCA